AUGGGCAAACUGCGUGCCACGUCCUGGGAAUUCCGGUUGGUCAACACAGACUGCGUCAAAAUAUUUCUACACGCAGCACCCGAGUCGCUGGUAGUCCGGUGGGGCUCGCUCAUUCUGGAAUUGCAGCAUCACGGGCCACGUUUCCAGCGUUAUACAGCUCGACUCACUGGCGAUUCGUACAACCAACCGAGGAUUGCUCUCAUCACGUAUCAAGCUGAGCUCCUCGGCUGUUCUAUGCCUCUAAUUAUGGGGAACGUCUUCAUCUCGACCUGCGGCCCUUUCACGGAAAGGAUCAAGACUCACAUCCCAAAUCUGAAGGAUCUGAGCCCUUGGGUUAACCCUGAAGCCUGGAGUUGGGGUGAUUUACAGCACCUGAGGCCACGACAGCUUUUGCAGCUGCCUACAACAAUACACGGGCACUUUUGUCAUGGCAGGGAGACAGAACUCGGCCAACUCAAGAAAUGCCUUCUCCCUACGGUUGGACUGGAAAAUCUUCGGACCGCUUGGGUCUAUGGAAUGCGAGGAGUUGGGAAGACCAAUUUGGCUUUGGAGUACGCCUACAACAUCGGCCACUACGACAUUAUCCUUUGGGUCGUUGCGGAGGGUUCUCUGAAACUGCAACAAUCAUUUGCAGCCAUUGCCCGCGGGAUGUGCCGCGCGGAUGACUCAAUCCAGCGCCCUGCCCAACUCCGGGAGCUAUGGCUAAUGAUCUGUGACAACGUCGAGGACCCGAUGCUUCUCCAGGAUUACUGGCCUCCAGCGUCGAGCGGUUCCAUAAUCCUGACGACAAUCAGCCAAAACGUGGCUCACCGGUUCACUAGCGUGCAAGACACUGUCGUGAUGGUGCCUUUCUCAGGGGCCCGGGCGAGUGGAACCGAACUCCUGCCGAAGGUUGCCGCCGCUGACAGGUCAAUUGCGGACAAUAUAAAGGCAUCACAUCUGAUUGCAGAUGCCGUAGGUCACCUCCCGCUAGCCUUGGAUCUGUCUCUCGCCUCGUUCCGGCGAGACGAUCCUUGCGUUGAAACAAGCUUCCUCUACGACCCCAAUCUUGCACGGUGGACUCCAGCCCAUUUCGAAGAAUCUAUCAGUCGAAUUUGGGCGCGUCAUCUUUCCCCCCACAGCGCAAAUGCGGAUGCCAACCUUGACAGUACAUCGCGCCGCUUGAUCAACUUUGUGGCGUUCCUCGACAAGGACGGGCUAAUUCCUUUCAUCGUUCCAGACGCGCGUGCUGAUGUUUUCUCGGGGUUGUUUGAAGGACCUGAUCUCCCGACUGAGGUCGUGGAUCUCAGCGAUCUCAUAGACAGCCCCUUCAUCCAGGUCCUCAUAAAUGAAAAAUUAGCGCGAGCGUUGCUAAAACGCAACGGCACGACCAAGCAAAUCAGCUGUCAUCGCCUCGUCCGCCACGCUACAUUCCACCGUAUUGUCUUCGUCCUCAAUGCCUGCUCCUCGACUCAAGAAGACGGCAGGCCCCUCCAUAACAAGUGGACUUCCUGCGAAAAGCCUGCUAGCCAAGUUUCGGCACUCUUGCACUCUUAUUUUCUGUUCAAAGAUGACAUUGGGCAUCCGAUCCUACUUUGUGAGGUUGCAGCUUUUUGUGCUUGGUACGUUUUGCAGCUAGGCCAAUACAGUACUGCGCAAAAGAUGGCUUGCCAGUCUAUGAAUAUUUGUGACGUCGCGCUCAGCCAAGGAUCGCGCGUGGGGUAUAGCGGCUGGUUUGUACGCGAUAUAACGAGCCACGUCUACAACGUGUUGGCAACAAUAGAGCGAGAGCAGCCUGCCCACGGUUCCGGGGUGGCCAUGUCGGAGAAGGUGCCCGACAUUCGGCUUAGCAACAGAUGUAUCUCGAACCCCGACGACGAAAUGUGGAUUGCCGCUGGACAAGGGAACCUAGCCGUGUCGCUGAUGGCUUCCGGGCGCGUGGAGGAAUUCGAGAUUUUUGUUCGGUUGAGACAGAGGUUAGACAUGAAAGCCAACGAAGAUGUUUACCUGCGAAACACCGGCCUCUGUCUCUUCCUGCUGGGGAGAUUCCAAGAGGCAUUGCCCGCCUGUCGCGAGGCCCUGAAUGCCGCAAGGCGGAAGCGAGGCGAGUUCAGCGAGCAGGUACCUACCUGCUAUUUCGACCUCGGCAACAUCUACAUCCGCGUGAAGAAUAAGCCUGCGGCGCUGGACGCGUUACAGGAGUGUCUUGGGCGCCGAAAGACACCUAUACCAUUGCAUCAGUUCACAACCUUUACUCAGCACAAGAUCGGCGAUGCGGCUGCCACGGAAGGAGACUACAGAGAGUCCAUUCCUUUCUACGAGCAAGCACUUGACAUCUUGUCUCGCCGCGAGUGCCACCCUGGAUCUCUGUGCCGCACGGCGUUCUCCCUGGCAAAGGCAUGCAAGCGCAACGAAAACCUGGCACUGUACGAAAAGUACCUUAUGUUCAACGCGGUAACGCAGCAAGGUUGCGGAUCGAAGAUGCAUCCCAAGGUUUAG